AAGGUUAACUUGCUAGUGGAGUACUGUUUGCAGGCUCAUGACAAAGUAGAGAAUGCCCAUUCGUAUUGCAUUGGGAAGGUUCAUGAGGUCAGGGGCCUGGAUUAGAUUUCUUCCUUGUUUGGGCUUGGAAUUGAUUUGGAAAGUCUAGCGAAGGAAAGGCAAACCAAAGCCAGCAGCGUCAGUUGGGAUGAUUCAGGGGGAGAGCAGCGAAUGAAAUUAGUAGGACUGAGAAGGCAAGAUCUUCAUGCGGUAACAUCGACUAAAAGAAAUCCGUGAAGUUUAAAAAUUAAAAAAAAAAAAAAAAAGUUAGCGUCGCGCUGAUUUCCACUUGCAAGAGGCGCGUGCUUGCGUACGUGCGCGCACUCGUGCCUUUGUUUUCACGUCUGUGUUGUCAGGCAAAAUAAAAAAUAAUAAAUACCAUUUUGCUCAGUGCCGGAAUAAAGCGCCGCUGGUCGGCUUAUAUUGCCGCUCGCGCUUUCUCUCUCCGUGUCUCUUUCUCUAUCUGUAACUCCCUCCUCCGCGGUUGGGGUGACUUCCUGGUUCUGCAGAAAGAGGCAGUGCUGAGUAAAGAGACAGAAAUAGAGAUAGAAAUUUAGAUAGAAAUAUACAGAUUGGGGAGAGAGAGAGAGAGAGGGAGUGAGUGAGUGAGGAGAGGAGAGGAGGAGAGGAAAGGAGAGCAUUAGGCUGGUUUCCAGGAGAAGCCCUGGUCUCCACGCUUUUUUCUAUAUUUAUAGACUUCUUACGGAGAUUUUUUUUAGGGGGGGGGGGUUUGAUUUUGGAAUAACGCUAUUUAUUUACAAAAAUAUACAAUAUUUACCGGCCUUGCCUAUUGCCUUCCUCUCGUAGUGGUCAUAGUAAUAAUAAUAAUCAUCAGCAGCAUAUUAAUAAUAAAAUAAUAACACGUCUUUUCAGAAGCGACGGGGCGAUCCGUCGCACCGCUUCCUCCCCCCCUCCCCGUUCUUUCUGUACGUAUUUAUUUAGAAAACGAGAGGGACAGUUUUCUUUAUUUUAAUUUUUUUUAGCCUGUGCUGAAGUAAGACGUAUUUGAAGGAUGGGUUGUUUAGGUAACAGCAAGACUGAAGAUCAACGCAUCGAUGAAAAGGCACAACGAGAGGCGAAUAAAAAAAUAGAAAAGCAGUUGCAGAAAGACAGACAAGCUUACAAAGCCACACAUCGACUGCUUUUAUUAGGGGCCGGGGAGUCUGGGAAAAGCACUAUUGUUAAACAGAUGAAGAUUUUGCACGUCAAUGGAUUUAAUUCAGAGGAAAAGAAGCAGAAAAUUUUGGACAUUAGAAAAAAUGUGAAGGAUGCCAUAGUGACUAUAGUAUCUGCGAUGAGCACUUUAAUACCCCCAGUUCCAUUAGCCAAUCCAGCGAACCACUUCCGAGUGGACUACAUCAAAAGUAUAGCACCGUUGUCAGACUUUGAUUAUACGCAGGAAUUCUUUGACCAUGCAAAGAAGCUUUGGGAUGAUGAAGGAGUAAAGGCUUGUUUUGAGCGUUCAAAUGAAUACCAGCUCAUUGACUGUGCGCAGUACUUUUUGGAAAGAAUUGACUCAGUGAGUCAAAAUGACUACACACCUACAGAUCAGGACUUGCUCCGAUGCAGAGUUUUGACAUCAGGGAUUUUUGAAACACGAUUUCAAGUAGACAAAGUUAAUUUUCACAUGUUUGAUGUAGGUGGUCAGAGAGAUGAAAGGAGAAAAUGGAUCCAGUGCUUUAAUGAUGUUACUGCUAUUAUCUUUGUUGUGGCCUGUAGUAGUUACAAUAUGGUGAUAAGGGAAGACAAUAAUACAAACAGAUUACGUGAAUCACUUGACCUCUUCAGAAGCAUUUGGAAUAACAGAUGGCUACGGACCAUUUCAAUUAUCUUAUUCUUAAAUAAGCAAGACAUGCUUGCUGAGAAGGUGUUAGCAGGAAAGUCCAGAAUUGAAGAUUAUUUUCCAGAAUACGAACGAUACACUGUUCCAGAUGAUGCAACACCAGAUCCUGGUGAAGACCCAAAGGUGACAAGAGCAAAGUUUUUCAUCCGUGAUGAGUUUCUUAGGAUCAGCACAGCAAGUGGGGACGGCAGACACUACUGCUACCCUCAUUUCACGUGUGCAGUAGACACAGAAAACAUUCGCAGAGUGUUCAACGAUUGUCGAGACAUUAUUCAGAGAAUGCAUCUGCGCCAGUAUGAACUGUUAUGAUCAGGAACAGCUUGGAACCUGUGGUUUUAAAUUCCUUGUUCCUCUUUCUAUAACUGUCCCACACAGGGUGGAAGAAUACCAGUGAAGCGAGUGUCAGAUCUUUUUUGUCUUUUACUUUCAUUGUAAAUCUAACACCCACCAAAGCCAUUGAAGUGUGAAAUAUGGGCUUGUUCCUUUGAUUUUGUCAUUCCCAUAAUUGGGUAGAUACAAAAUUAAUUGUAAUAGCUUUAUUUUGUGGUUGUUUUAUUUUCUUAGGCCAUUGAUUACUUCUGUCUUUUGUUCUUUUUGUAUUGGAUCUGUUCCUGCUCAUUUUAAAGCAAGUUAUGUCAAGACAGUCAUAUGUUAAUCUUUAGAUGGCACAUGGUCUGUCUUUAGAUCUGUCCCUGUGUGGGCUUCUAUUUUUCUUUUCCUUUUUUCUUUUAAACACUGAAGAGUACUUGAUGGGGAAAAAUGAUAUAAUGCACUUUGCAUCAGGUUACUAAAUAAUGUUGAGGAAGUAUAUACACAAUGUAGCAGCACCACAAUAUUUAUUAUUCUGUCACAGUUUUUAGCGCUCCGAGUUGCAGGUCGACUGAGAAAUAACUGACCUCCUCUUUUAAGCCGUUUAAAGGCACAGAAGUAGAAUAGAUAAAAGAGGCAUGGUAAGAAGAGAAGCAAUUAUUUUCUGGGGUCUUAGAGGCUAAAAGUCUCUGCACACCUUUGAACAGCAGCUGCUUUCAGCCUAUUGUGUUUAGGAAGAAACCUACCACACUCAUUAAUGUUUUUUGUUCUGUCCAUAAAUGAUCCUGUUAGAUUAGAUCAUUCUUGGACAAUGGUCCUCCCUUUGUAUGUAUAUAUAUAAAUAUAUAUAUAUAUAU